ACGGGGAGUGUGCGUUUCGAGAUCUACAUACACAACUGUCGCAUGUGAGUAUCAUAAAGACGACAACGAAGCCCGUCCCCCAAGCAAAUGUUCACACAAAGGUUGCCUUUUACGUCUUGGGUAGCGCUUGUGGACGUCACGCUACAGGACUGGGACGUCUUUCCGUGCCAGUGUUGCUUCACUUUCACCGCGGGUGGAUCGGAAUGCAUACUUUGACACAUUUUUCUCUCACAUGUGUCCCGAUCGACACUUCGAUCGUGUCCUAGGGCUCCACGCAGCCCUACUUUAUUAGCCCACACCGAGGGUGGACGGCCGCAGCAUCCGCUGAGGCGCCGAGAGGGAGCAACGAUGCUCGUCCGGGGGCUUUGGAUAUGCACGCCCCGCUUUGGAAAACGGGGGAUUCGCCUCUUGCGGAUGAUUUGCGCGUUGACCGGCGCCGUCGCCGUUUUCUCGCUGCUCUUCGUGGACGUCGUCGAGUCGUGGAUCACGUCCAUCGGCAUGAGCAUGAGCCCCGUUCCGGAGCCGCACUCGGGCCUCUUCCCCCAGCAAAGCGCCCCUCCCAUCAAACCCGAGGAUUUCCUACUCAUGCCAAGUUCGUUAGUGUGCCAAAGAGCCAAACCCUACCUCAUCACCAUGGUCACCUCGGCUCCAGCCCACCACAAGGCACGUCAGGCAAUCCGGUCUACCUGGGGUGGGGAAACUGUCGUGAGGGGUCUGAAGGUUCUGACCCUCUUCAUGCUGGGGGUGCCAUCUGAUCACGCACUGUCCAGGCUUCUCAUUGAAGAAGCUAAGGAAAAAGGAGAUCUGGUCCAGGGGCGCUUCUUGGACACCUACUCCAACCUGACCCUCAAAACUUUAGCCCUUCAGAGGUGGGUUAAUCGCUUCUGCCCGCAGGCUCACUUUCUUGCCAAAGUGGAUGACGACAUCAUGUUCAACCCAAGCGCACUCCUGACCCUGCUCAACAAGAGCCACACCUACGAACAGUCAGACUUGUACCUUGGUAGGGUGCAUCUCCACGUGGCUCCGAACCGGGACCCUGACAGUAAGCACUACGUCCCCACCUCGGUCUACAAAUCCUCCGUCUUUCCAGAUUAUUGCAGUGGAACUGCCUAUGUUCUGUCACGCCACGCCUUACUGAAAAUAUCCUCAGUUGCUUCUGUUUCACCUCUGGCCAGGGCCCAACCACCUGAAGACAUUUUUGUGGGGGUUUGCGCCCAUGCAGCCGGCAUAAAACCCACACACUCCCCACUGUUUUCCGGUGGCCCAUCUGUGCCGUACGGGCGCUGUUGUUAUCAAGCCAUGGUGUCAGUUCAUCACAUCGCACCCGCAGAGAUGCUAGAUUACUGGUCUGACAGCCAGUCAUCGGGACAGUGCAUCUGGUUGAGCAUGAAAGUCUCGCUCUGUAUGUGCAAAGUCGGGGCCUUACUUAGCACAGCUUUUGGUUUGGGGAAGGAGUGAGAAACUCAUAAGCGGAUUUUCAGGGGGGGCCAGGCCAAGUAUAUGAUUUUAAAAUUAAAAAAUUCCGGUAAAAUAUUGUCUAUAUAAGUUGUAAAGCGAUAAAACAAACAACGAAAAUGAAUAAAAUGAGCAAAAAAAAGAUAUUUUUAUAAUGGGUCAAAAUUAUUUUUCGAACAGAUCAUGUGACUAGCACCUUAGCACCUCAUUUGCUUUGCUUAGCCAAAAAUACGCGAAGACCGAAGAGGCAAAAUGGAUAUGGCGGAAAACACUCAGGUGAUUUGAAGUUCCGGUCUGAGACCCCCAAUUUAACCACUUUUCAAAAUUGUCCGAUAUGCAUGUGUGAUUGGAAAGCUUAAAAUCUCAAUUUUCUGGGGGAAGAAACAUUUUGAACAGGAGGGCUUUUUUUUUUUUUUUUGAAAUGUUUUUUUAAACAGCAAAACCCUAUCAGGAUGUGAGAGCAAAAUUACAGACCCCAUGACUUUAUUGAGAUAUUAUUGGAUACUUACCUUGUUUCGAUCCAAAAACUCCAUGUAGCAUGUAUCACUGAGUGUCAAGACACAGCUGUGAAUGGCCACAGCUGGAUUUUUGGGGGGAUUUUAUGGGUGGAACAUGGUCAUAUAACAAGGGUUGCGAUGCAGAAAUCGCAGACAUCAAGGAGUGGUCCAGAUUUUCUUUUUCAUAUAUUUACCCUUUUAAACAUUUUUUUUUCAAUUUCUCUUUGUUUAGAUCGAUUAAUUAUCAUGUAACAUAUCGGAGAAAAUGCGACAAUUAAAAAAAAAAAAAAUACAAUUAAGCGAUAGUUAUGAGAUAGGUAUCCGUGACGUUUUUACAGACGCCAUUUUGUAAAAUUGUGACAUAAUUUGUUUACAAGUUUAAAAUAUGUGAGUGAAUAAUUUUUUUAAGUCGUUUUUUUUUUUUUUUUUUUAAACGAAAUAUGAGACAUCAGUUAAUGGUUCUAAGCUAAAACGAAAGACAUUUUGAAUAAUAAAUAUAAUAAAUUUUCUUCAUUUUAUGGCUGGGUUGACACAAAAGUGGUUGCGCGAUGUCUAAACGGGGCUUUCAGGGUAAAACGGACAAAUUAAAAAUAGUUCAGGGGCUUAAUGCGCCAUGAAUCUGCUAUGGCAACAUGUAGACAUAUUGUUAAAUCAAACACAACAGUUGUUUUGGCUUAAAAUACAGCAGUUUUGUUUAAAGAGGAGUGCAAGAGCAGAAACUGCUUUUUCAGUCUUGUCUGUGUCUUCCGCCAUAUACGUAAUUUUUCUUCAAACCUAAGCUUUCAAAAGCGACAACAACUACUGAGCAAGAACCAAGGAUUGAAAAUGUGGACCAUGAAAGACUAGAGACCAUUGACAAAAUGGUGAGCGGAGUUUCAAUUUACCCCACUAAAAACGCUAAUUGUUCAACAGAGCCACCACCUUGCCAAUGUAGUUACCCCCAUCAAAAAUUGUGUCCCACACAUUAGUUAUGAGUUAUGUCGACUUAAACAAUUAAUUGAAGCCAGAAAAGAACCAGUUAUGUAUUUUGGACAUUGACGUUUAUUAAACUGGAGAAACUCCAUACAGGACUUGAGUCAGUAAUAAGUUAUAGGUCAUCCUACGAUGUUUUAAAACCUCGUAAAUAACCAAUCACCAAAACAAAGAAAUCAAGCAAAUCAGUGCAGCAAAGUGGCUCUGCCAAGGGGAUACAAUUUUUGACUGGGGUAACUACAUUGACACGACACCAGCGGGCGUACCAUAUUCAAUGGAUGAUGUUGGCGAAAAGUAUAGCCUAAGUAGCCUGAUUUGGAAUUCCCCUCAAGAAUGAUGGGAAACAAAAAACACUCAUUUUCAUUUAUUAUAAAUAUUCUUGUAAGUUAAUUUUAUUGCUGACACUGCGUUUCGGGGUCAUCAACAUGUUGUGCCCCCCUGCCCCAAAGGUCAAACUCCGCCUAUGGACAAACUUCUCAAAACAGUAUACUCAAUACAGUGAUACCUCCCCAGAUAGCAGACCGACAUUGAAUUAACGUUGAUUUUCCAUCAAAAUCAUCAGUAUGGUUGAGAUCAAAAUUUUCGACGUCGAGUGACGUUGAAACAAUGUUGUUCUAUUGUAUGUCAGGCGAUGGUUGGGUUAACAUUGUUUUAUAGUUGAUGAACUAAUGUUGGCAAAUAGUUAAUUUAUGAUUGACAGGGAAAUAUGAUUGAAAAGUCAUUGAAUAGGUUUUGGUUGUUUCAUAGUUGAUGAACUAAUGUUGACAAAUUGUUGAUUCAUGAUUGAGAGGGAAAUAUGAUUGAAGUCACUGAAUUAUGGAUGAGCGGGCGUCUUGGUCGAAAACUUUACAUUGAUUCAGCGUUGUUCCAAUAUUAUAAAUAAUCGAAAUGACGUUUAGGUUUUGUAAGGAUUCCAACGUUGAAAUAACAUUGAGGAUGCAAAAGUGACGUUGAUUCAACGAUAUAAGAAUGACAGCGGAAUGUUGAUCCAACAUCUUUUCAACGUCUGUCUGCUAUCCGGGUCGCUACUUCGCGCUUCAAACAUCGCGCCCUCAAUCCAUUGCAGAUUUUUUUUUCCAAUUAAAAAAAAAAAAAAAAAUGCAGGAUUUUAUCGAGAUGUCCCAUCCGAUCACGCACAGCCUCUCACUCCUGAAGCAUUUCUUUCUCACCAGGCAGCUGCAGCCAUCGGCGGAGUUUGACCUUUGUGGCGCAGGGGCAAAACAUGUUGAUGACCCUGAAACGCAAUGUCAGCAAUAAAAUUUAGAAGCUAUAUGCUCGGAUAGUAGCUUAGCCCAUGCUUGUACAUACCGGCAUCCCAGUUGUGUGUGUGAGCGCACGCGUUUUUCAGUCUUACUAUAAACGUCAUAAUAUAUUGAUGGGGCACGGAGCCAAUUAAUAGGGGGCCUAUCUCCGUCAAAGCUGACCGAGCGGAAACACAAAGAGCUUUCAAUGUUGAAAAUUCUUGUGAAUAAAUGCUUAAAUCCCUGAAUUCUUUGUACAUAUGGACGUAAAACAAUCUCGAUUCUUUGUUGAAAGCAAAAACAAAAAAACGGGCAGGUAGCAUUUAUUUUACGCAAAUAUGUCGAAUGUGCUGCUACUCUUUAAGCCACUGUGGCGCCGCCUUAUCAUCACAAAGCUUUUUACGUUGAAAAUUCUUGUGAAUAAAUGAGUAAAUCCCUGAUUUCUUUAUACAUAUGGACGUAACACAGUUAACAGCAAAAAAUCAGGCGGUUAGCAUUUAUCUUACGUACAUAUUGCGAAUUAUGACGCUAAUGCCGUAGCGGUUAAUUUCUCCAAUUGAUUUUUUUUUUUCACGUUUCAAAAUGCAUGCAUAAUACGAAAAAUAUAUCACCUUGAAUCCUCGAACAAAUCACUCCUGAGACAAUCCUUCCUGUUUGUAUAUGGUACAGCUUUCGUACUUUUUUCCAACUCAAAUCUGGCGUUGGAUCACUGCAUGUGUUAAAGAAUAACUGCGACCGACUUUGACCAACUGAAGAGGAGUGUGGGACGGCACCCUACUUGAAGGCAUGGCGCAGUGUCUGGGGUUUGUGUCCCGUCAAUAUAAUUAUGAAGUCUAUGGUCUUACCUAGCGGAGAAGUAGACACCGCAUCCUGUUUGACUGAAUAUUCCAGCCAGAAUCUGUCCUCAGGUAGUUUUGGCUAAGCAAAGCAAAUGGCCAUCUCUAAGGUGUUAGUCACAUGAUGUGUUUGAAAAUUUUUUUUUACCCAUUAUUUUGUUCAUUUCAUUAAUUUGUUGUUUUAUUGCUUCACAACUAUUAUUGACAUUUUACCAGCAAGUUUUAGUUUUAAAUUCAUUAAUAGGAGUCUAUUACAUGCAAUGACAUUUUCGGCCACCAGGAAAGCUAUGCCCCGCUGGCCCACCCUUAAUCUCCGCGUAUGGCUGCAGCUUAUUAAGGUAAACGAUGAGUGACAAGGGAGCUGCUUUGAAGCGGCCAAUUACCUUUCAAAGACCACCGCCUCGUUUAACGUUUUAAACAUUGGCUGUAGCCGCUAUGGCAACUCAUUAUGUUGUGUCAUGUGCUGUUCUAAGCAGCAUGAGUUGAUUUGAGAGGACUCCAUGAAGAAUUUAAUAAAGAAUUAUCCUUUGGGGGGAAAAAAGGGAAAAUCAUGUCUUACUGUAUCUCUUUCCAAUGCUAAAUCUGAAUAAAUACAUUGAACACACCCAAAAAAAACAAAAAACAAAAAAAAACCCAAAAACAUUUUUUAAUGUAAAUGAGCUACACCUCUACUUCGCGGAUUUUAUCGUGGGGGGGGUGUCCCAUUAACCGCAAAAAACGAGGGAUCGCUGCAUGCUUAUUCAAGUGGUGACUAAGUAAAAAAAAAAAAAUCCACUAAUGAGGCUAACCAUCAAUUUUUCCUAAAAGGAACUUAACUCAUUUACUAACAGCCCAGUUUCCAGAUUGUGUGCUGUAGCAGUUGGUAUAAGAACAAAAUUGGUAUUUACAAAGUUCCGAUCUCAACCCAAUAGAAAACCUUUGGGUUAAACUUGAACAAAUAAAGGAUUUCCAGGCUUUGUGGUCUAAAUUAGUACUUGACCUUUAUGUCUUUCAGAGAAAUUGGUCAAAAAUUCCUCUUCUUCAAGAAUUCCAAAUUAAUGUGGAAAAUAAGAAUCUGGUCACCUACAAACAAGCAAGAUUUCUGGCUGUCAAAGAGGUCUAACUUCUUUUAACGAGGUCUAACCAGGCUCCACUCGUUACCUGUAUUAAUGGCACCUGUUUUAACUCAUUAUCGGUAUAAAAGACACCUGUCCACAAGGCAUCUCCCUCGAUCUGGGGCUCCAUGAAAGAUCUCACCCCGUGGCGUCAAAAUGAUAACAAGAACGGUGAGCAAAAAUCCCAGAACCACAUGGGGGACCUAGUGAAUGACCUAGAGAGAGCUGGGACCACAGUAACAAAGGCUACUAUCAGGAACACAAGGGACUCAAAUCCUGUUCUGCCAGACGUGUCCCCCUGCUGAAGUCAGUACACGUCCAGGCCCGUCUGCGGUUCGCUAGAGAGCAUUUGGAUGAUCCAGAAGAGGACUGGGAGAAUGUGUUAUGGUCAGAUGAAACCAAAAUAGAACUUUUUGGUAGAAACACAGGUUCUUGUGUUUGGAGGAGAAAGAAUACUAAAUACCAUCCGAAAAAAACCAUACCCACUGUGAAGCAUGGGGGUGGAAACAACAUGCUUUUGGGCUAUUUUUCUGCAAAGGGACCAGGAUGACUGACCUGUGUAAAGGAAAGAAUGAAUGGGGCCAUGUAUCGAGACAUUUUGAGUCAAAAUCUCCAUCAGCAAGGGCAUUGAAGAUGAGACGUGGCUGGGUCUUUCAGCAUGACAAUGAUCCCAAACACACAACCAGGGCAACAAAGGAGUGGCUUCGUAAGAAGCAUUUCAAGGUCCUGGAGUGACCUAGCCAGUCUCCAGAUCUCAACCCCAUAGAAAAUCAGUGGAGGGAGUUUAAAGUUCGUGUUGCCCAACGACAGCCCCAAAACAUCACUGCUCUAGAGGAGAUCUGCAUGGAGGAAUGGGCCAAAAUACCAGCAACAGUGUGUGAAAGCUUGUGAAGAGUUACAGAAAAUGUUUGGCCUCUGUUAUUGCCAACAAAGGGUACAUAACAAAGUAUUGAGAUGAACUUUUGGUACUGACCAAAUACUUAUUUUCCACCAUGAUUUGCAAAUAACUUCUUUAAAAAUCAAACAAUGUGAUUUUUUUCCCACAUUGUCUCUCAUGGUUGAGGUUUACCCAUGUUGACAAUUACAGACCAAAUAUUUUCAAGUGGGAGAACUUGCACAAUUAGUGGUUGACUAAAUACUUAUUUGCCCAACUGUAUAUGAGCAAAUAAGGGGAAAAGCAAACAAAGCCCUUGGGUUGGCCUGCUCAGAUAUUAUUUAACGCCUGUAGGCUGCAUAUACAGUAUUCUUUAUUGUCAUUUAGAUUUAUUACAUGACAUAUUGAAGUGAUUUACUACGAGGGUUAUAAAAAUCAGAACGCCAUAUUAACUAGGAAAGCUGCCAGUGAAUGUGUGUAUUCUGAGAACACUGGCAAGUCUAUUAGAAAUGGUUCCUAAAAAAAAAAUGAAACUACAGCCAGUUUUGUAUUAUUUACUGUAGGCUGCAUUGUUUACAUCAAAUGGGACGAACUCACAGCUAGUUAACGUCAAAUGGGUUGAACUCGCAGCUAGCUUUCAAAGCUAAUAUUAAAAAAAAUAUUGCACUGAGUCUAUAUAUUGAUCCUAUACUGAGUAGGGGUGCAACGGUUCAGUUAGCCCAAGGUUCGGUUUGAACCUCGGUUUUGGGAUCACGGUUUCGGUUCGGUUUGCGUUUUGCUUUUUUUUUUUUUUUUUUUUUUUAAACUGCCCUUAUUUUGCUUUUAAAAAAUGAAAUAAACACUUAAAAUGUAAACAUUUUCGACUGUUAAAAUGCCUCUUAGCUCUUUGGCUAGUAGUGACUGACUACUGAAAUACACACACAGUAGUAAACAAGCUACUUGGCAAAGUAACUGGUGAUACCUUUAAUGUUUUGUUUUUCCAUAAAAAAAAAAAACACAAAAAAACCCCCCAAAAACAUAGUAACCUUUGCUAUGUUUGGAGGUCAUUUAAUGUUGUGAAUCAACCGUUAAAGUUGAUAAAAUUGCUCCCGUUUUUGCAUCAGUUCCCUUCUGUCUACUUUCGACAUGUGAAAAUUUGAAAACUGUUUCAUCAGUUAAAGAUAGACUCAAGUCAAGAUUUUGCCGAUUUAGGAGUAUUUUAGAUAAAAAGUUGCUUAGGUUCGCUCGUAAGGUUUACUACAACAGAGCCUUUCUGACAAGUUUACUGCUCUAAAAUGGCGGCUGUUUACUAACGCUACCGAGUCUGUCAUUUCGCAUGUAGUUCUAUAUACAAGAGACAUCCAGGCGUAGAUUGUAUGUUGUCGGCUAAGUCAGGUAAUAUUGGAGCCACCUAGCCUAGCUAGCAUCGCGUUUGCUACAGCGUCUCAACAAACACUCUUCCCUCUCAGAGUCUCUGACUUUUCUCGCGUCAUUCAAGCAACGCAUUGUCUCGUUGCAGAAACGGUGACCAAAUCCGAACGGAUAAAAAAAAAAAAAACGUAAUGCACGAAAAACGUGCAGAUUUUGGACGUAAUGUAUGGCGUACACAUUCAAAAAUGAGUGCUCACUUGUACAAAUUACAACGAAACCGUACAAUUUGACAGGUAUGAAUUAUAGUGGACCGUCACAGUUAGGUAGUAGCACUCUGUAGCACGGGACGUCCAACUUCCAACUAUCAGUGGUCAGGGCGAAACUAUGUGCUUUAGCGAAAUCAUCUUCGAUGGCUUUGCGUGCCAUUUCAUAAAUGUCGGGGAUUACGUUGUUGGAGAAAUAUGUACGCGAGGGAACAAUGUAACGCGGGUCAAGCGUUGCAAAUAAAUUAACGAAGCCCGCCGUGUGUUUUCACUGGUGUCAUCUUCGGGGUUGUCCUACCCUGAGAAAGUGAUAUCUGUGGGUGAUGCUGGCUGAGGUGCCGGAGUCAUGUUAUAAAAGUGUUGCCAUUAGCAUGGGGAACAAGCGCUGAGCAAUGCUUGCAAUUUUU